AUAGGGAAUAUAUUGAUUUUUUGAAGGGUUGUUUUUAUAUAGGGUCAUUGUGACAAUUAUGUGUAUAUUUUUUUAAUAAUUUUAAUUAUUAGGGUUAGUAUAAGGAUACUGGUUAUUGUUGAAUUUUUAAAAUUGACUGCAAUAGGUGCAUGGAUCAAACUAGAAUCACAAAGCAGAUGCAUAAUCCUAUAGAUAUCAAAAUGUCAUAGAUUCUGAAUUAAGUUUGUUGAACAAGAUUUGUAUCAGGAGUAGAUAAGAUCAGCCUUAAGAAAGGCCAAAGGUACUGUGAUGUGAUGUAAUUUGCCUUACACAGACUCUACUCAGAACUUGUAUAAUUCCCAGGGGUAACAGGAGGUUACAGAGGUGCUAAAACUCUUCCAUCCACGCACCACGGCAAUAAGCGAUUUGGACCUGAAUCUGAUCAACACUCCAAGAAUAGAUCAUAAAAGGCCGGGAAGUGUUUCAUGGGCUAGGGUCUGAACUGCAAGUUACUGGGCGGCGCUCAGCCUGUCAUUCCGCCUUAUCUCUAUUCUAUGUUUAUGAACAUUAUAGCCUGGUGUCCCCAGGUAAAACUGCAAGUUGUUUUGAUAUGAAUUUAUGGAAUUUUAUUUUUAGUUGACCAUUUUAUAAGUUACUAAGGGUUUUAUUUUCUGGUUUUUAAAAUGUUUACCGUUUUUGUUUAUUUCAAUGAAACAUUAAAUUUCAAUGAAACAAGAAAUUUAAUUUUAGCACAUUUUUACAGAAUAAAAAGAUGUAAAACAAUUCAUAAAAUAUAAUGCCCAUUUGGUGUAUGACUUUUUGUCCUUGACUGCUUGUUUGGUUUUGGAAGGACAGGUAACUAACGGGGCAAGGAAUGCACGUGCCUGGAAGCUUUUGCACACACCGAAACGCUAGUUCAGUUAAGUUUAUAGAGACUAGGCUCAGAUUAGGACUAGAAAAAUUGUUAGCAGACAUUAGGGAUUCUGUUUAUAGUUGUUAUUAUAGGUUGCAGUCUUGUUGUGACAAAAAGUCUACACUAAAACAUGUUUUAGUUUGUAUUGUGUAGUUCGAGGAUAUAAAAUGCAGCUUCAAGGUGAUUUUAAAAUAAUUUUGUUAAAACUUUCUCACACAUACUUUACUCACAGGACAAGACUUGGAAAACAGUAGCUAGCCUAGGGUAAUUUUAAUUGAGAUGUGUGUGACCAGCCAGUUAUAAUGUUUGGGAAAUAAGAUAGGCGCAGUCAAAAUCUUUGACGGUCCAAUCAAGCAGGGCGUGAUUGUGUUGAUUAGUUAAUAGCACACGUUUUAGCUUACCUCGCAAGCAUUUAUUAAUUUAUUGACAGAAGUUUACUUUUAGGUGUCUAACCGUAUAGUUAAUCAUUGUAGCAUGGAUGAAGAUGACGACAACACUCUAGAAUUUGAAAAUGGAAAAGUUGUAGCGGGUUCCAUUAAUGACUUAAUUGGGCACCUGACACCAACAUCGGAGUAUUAUCCUACUGAAGAUUACCUGUUUGCGUUUAUUUCAGCUUGCAGAUUGUUUGUUGAUCCAAUAGACGUCCUAAAGCAGGUGGUGGAAAGGUGUCAAAUUGAACAGUCAAAUCCAGAUCUUCCUGACACUGCGACUGUUGCUCCUCAUCUACUUUUAUUUAUUCUACAAUGGACCGAAACUUUUCCCAACGACUUCAACCGUCCUACUCUCAUGGAGAAACUACACGAAGCAAGACGUUUCUGUCAGAAUUUAGACCCCAGCUGUUCUAGGGGAUGUAACAGAUUAAUACAGAUGUUGGAUAACAGGCUUACUGAUGUCAAAACUAAAAAGAAGGUUCCCAAAUCAGAGUCAUGGGAGGAUGUUAAUUUGGUAAGAGAUAUAAAGCCGGAGCUGAUAGCAGCACAACUUACACACAUAGAGCUAGAUUUUCUCAACAACAUCUCUUGUGAUGAGAUGAUCUCAAUGUUGGGUAAAGAUGUGGCUAAAGACAGUCUCUGUCAAAACGUCAACAAAUAUGUUAAUUGGUUCAACCACUUGUCCCACUUUACAGCAUCAGCUGUGUUAGCACCGGAGCUUGGUGGAGCUAGGAACAUCACCAUGGAGUAUUACAUGGACGUGGCUGUGUGUUGUUUUAGUGUUGGCAAUUUUAACUCUGCUAUGUCUGUACUAGCGGGUCUUAAUCAGAGCUCUAUAACUCGACUACAUAAACUACGGGAAAAGUUAGACAAGAACAAAGUUGAGCACCUUUCAAACUUAGAACGACAAAUGAGUCCCUCUGAGAACUUCAAAACCUACCGAACAGCUAUGAAGAACGCCGAGAAACAACACACUUGUGUCAUACCUUUCUUUACUUUACUGGUAAAGGAUAUUCACACUACAUGCGAGAUUAAGAAAACCAGGGUAGAAGGUACGGAGCUGAUAAACUUUGAGAAGUGUUGGGAGUUAUCCCGUCAUCUGAUAGAAUUCCAGAAAUACCAAUCUGGUGUAUGUGACUUACAGUCUGAUGGUAACAUUCAGGAAGAUAUACUGUUAGCUAAGAUCCUGACAGAGGACGGCAUGAUGUUCUCCAGCUACGAAAUAGAAGAGCCAGUUACAGUAAAUGAUAAGAAGAGAUACAAGGCUUUCCUGGAGAAAGCACCCAACCAAAGGAUGGAGUCUUUUUAUUAGAUAUUUAAGAGUUUAUAAAAAAUACCUUCCAAGACUUCAGAAAUACCAUUCAAAUACAGAUAGGUGCCCGAUAUUGUACCGUCGAACGAACAUUUUGGAAAUAAAGCGCGAUUUGCAGCAUAAUGGAGCGGCUUUCCAUGAAACUAUUAUUGAAUCAUCAUGAUCAUGUUAUAAUAUUAAAAAUUUUAGAUCGACUAAACUUCUCUUUUGCUUACAAAUAAAGCAUAUAACAAGCUGUUAGUUUUUUAAUGUGCAUAAUUUCAUGUGUAUAGUGAUAGUGAACGUUGUCUUGACUCGAGUUCGCUGAACUUUACAGGAUUGCUUAGUAAUAGAUCGAUAUGACUGUAUGGUAAUUCUCACUCGUAACGAUAAUUAAUUAUUCAUUCGAAUCUAGUUAUUUAUGUGAUUUAUUCAUGGGAUAAUAGUUUUAAAUUCAUAUAAUAAAAAGUUGUUCAUAAUAAUUUAAAUAAUUUAUUCACCUAUAAUGAUUGCCAGAAAACCCACAGAUUUCCUGAUGUUUUAUUCCGAAUUUUCCUUUAUUUCCAGGAUGUAAAGCUUAAAAAGAUUUAUACUAUUUGAUAUUCAGUUAUUUGUACGAUACAUACAAUAUGUUAGACUUAGCUGUUACUGUUAUUUUCAAGAAGUUAAACGUAGAUAAUAGCAGGUAGAGACAAAUUGUCAUCACCACUUCACUGACCACGUGUAUAAUGUUCCACCACUUUUGCAUAAUACCAAUUCUAUUUUUAUGUUUUUACACAUUAUUUA